AUGAAUAAAAUAUUCCAACAUAAACAUCAAAAAUUAAUUUUACAAUGUUAUCCAGCUGGUAAAGCUACUGAUAAAAAACCCAAUUCUUCUGAAUUAAGUUAUUUAUUAUAUUAUGCAUCAACAAGAAGAAUUAAAUUAGAAAAAGUUAUUCAUUUUAUAAAAGAAAAAACUCAACAUGAUGCUGCAAGAAAUAGAACUGGUAAUUUACAAGUUACUUUAGCUAUAAUAAAAGAAUUAAUUGAAAAAUGUAAAGAAAAUUUAAAUGUUUUUGCUCCUCAAGUUUGUACAAUUAUGAAAAUUUGUUUAGAUACAAAAGACAUUUCAGUUUGUAAAAAUGUUGUAAAAACUUAUGAAGUAUUAUGUAAAAAUUUAGAUGGUGCAUUAUUUAGUGGUGAUAAAGAAUUUGUUCAAGAAUUUACUGAUUUAUCACAACAAUUAAUAAAUACUGGUAAGGAAAAAAAUAUUAAUCAAAAUCAAUUAGAUUGGCAAAUGAUUUCAAUAAAAGCAAUAAAUUCAAUAUCAAAUUGUUUAGGUUAUUCAAAUAAUACAAGUAAAAAAUUUAUUGCUAUAUCAAUACCAUUUUUAAUUCAAAUUAUAAUGCAUAAUAAUAAUAUAAGUAGUUUAGUUUCAAAAUUAAAAUCAAAUAUUAAUGUUGAAUCUGAUGGGAAAAGAUUAUCAAGAGUUCAACUGCAAAAAUCUCAAACUAUUGUUCAUCAACAAAUUGAUGAUGAUUUUGAUAAUGAUAAUUUAACUAUAACUGAUGUUAAUGAAGAAGCAAUGAUUGCUUUAAAAUCAUUUUUUAAUAAUAAUACAACUGCUCAAAUUUCUGAAGUUACAAGAGCUGUUGUUCAACAUAUUUAUUCAACAAAUCUUAAUUUAGAUUGGGGUAUUGUUUUAUUAGAGCUUUGUGUUACUUGGAUACCAAUUCAAUUAAGAUUUGUAAGUUCAUCAACUUUAUUAUCAACUUUAAAUCGUAUGAAUGUUGAAGGACCAAGUAAAUCAAAUUAUAAUUUACAAUUAACUUAUGCAAAAUAUUUAUUAGGUUUAUUAUCUUCUGGAGUUAAUAUGAUUGGUUUAUCAAUAUCAGAUAUUAUUCAACAAUUAUUAAAUUUACAAACUGAUUUAAUUUUAAAACCAAGUGAUUUAAGUAAAUCUGAAAUUGACAUUUUAACAAAUAUUUAUUCAGAUUGUAUAUGUAAUGUUACAACUCAUAUUUAUUAUUAUGAUCAAGUACCAGAUUCAAUUCAAGAAAUAUUAGUUAAAACAGAUUAUGUAUUAGAUAAUUCAUUUGUUGAUAAUUCAAAUCAAACUACAUCAGGUGAAAGAAUUCAUGAUUUAAUUAUACAAUUUUUAGAUAAUAUUUCCAAAAUUUUUUUAAUUUUAAAAAAUAAAACAAGUUCAAUAAAUCGUAAUCAUGUUAAUUUAGAACAUUGGGAUAUUAGUUUAGGUUUAUUAGCUCCAGAAAGUGAAUUUGAUGAUGGUAGAAAAACUGUUUUAACAAUUCAACAAAUUCAUGAUAUUCAAGCAAAAUAUUUAAAAGUAUUUGAUGAAUUUUUAAAUAAUGAAUUAGCAAUUGCUUCAAAAACUGCUUAUGAAGUUACAAAACAACAAUCAAGAUUAGAUCCAGGUUCACAAUUUAAUAACAACAACAAUAAAAUAUCAGAUGAUUUAAAAACAAAUAGUAAAAAUUUAAUUGAACCUGAUGUUAAUCAAUAUAUUACUCAACAACAAAAUUUUAUAUCACAUUUAUUAAUGUAUACAGAUAAAUUUUUUGAUAUUUAUGAAUCUCCAAAUACUGAAUUAGUUUUAUUAUUAGUAACUGUAUUAAAAGAUAUGAUUACCAUUUUAGGAUUAAAUUUUACAAGUAAUUUUAUACCAUUUUUCCAUCAUUGGGUAUUAAAAUUAAAUAAAACAAAUGAAUUUAAUCAAUCACAAAUGUAUAAAGAUACAAUUGCUCAUAUAAUAUUAUAUUAUAUUUUGAAGAAUCUUGAUCAACAAUAUUCAGAAGAUUUAGAUAAUUAUUGUAAAAAUUCAAAAUUAUUUAAACAAAUAUUGGAUGGUAUUGGAUAUAGAAAACAAUAUAAAUUAUGGAUUCAUGGAUUAGAUUCUCAAUCAUCAGAUUUAGAAUCAUUUUUUAAAAAUGGUAGAAUUAUCCCUAAAGAUAAUUUUGGAAAAGAUUUAAAAAUUAAAAUUCAAAAAGAAAAUAUUGAAGAAUUUGCUUGUGGUAAUAAUUUCUUAAUUGUUUGGUUACAUCCUCAAAAACCUUUAUUAACUGAUAUUGAAAAAUCUCAAAUUUCAACUCAUAUGAGUACUUUUAAUAAUGAUUCAAGAAAUACUUAUAAUAAUAAUGCUCAUAUGAAUUUUGAAAUGAAUAAUGAAAAUGAUGAAUUUGAAAGUGGUCCUCCAACAAGUGAUCAUUUUAUACCUCAAAAUUUUAUAAAUAGAACAGGAUUAUCAUCAGAUGUAGUAUCAUCAGAUUCAGAAAAAGGGUUAUAUACUGGUUUAGGAUUAGGUACAACAGCAGAUAUAAAUUCAAUUCAUCAAGAAAUUUUACAAUUUAGUCAACAUUUUCAAGAAAGAGGAUUACCUCAUGCUAAUUCUUAUUUAGUUUCAAAUUAUACUACAACUAUUGGAGAUUCUCAUUAUGAUGAUACAAAUGGUUCAAUAUAUACUUAUAAUUCAAAAGUUUUAAAUCAUCCAAGAAUUUCAGAUUUAAAAGAUUCAAUAAGUUUUAAUAAUCAAAAAUUUAAAACUGGUAACGUUUCCAAUGGUAAUGGUAAUGGUCAUUCAAUUAUGACAUCAAGACAAAUGGAAAAUACUGUUUCAAAUGAUUCAAUAUUAAAUAAAAAUUUAUUAUCUACUGAUGUUGAUUCUAUAUUAGGUGGAUUAGAUAGUGAUGAUGAUGUUGCAUUUAUUGUUUAA